AUGCCGAGCUACAUCGUCAAAUGCAAAUCCUCCGCAUCGGACGAGGAGAUCCAAGCCGUCAAAGACCAAGCGGUCAAAAACGGAGGCACCAUCACUCACGAGUAUAGCUUGAUCAAGGGAUUCGCCGUGACUGUGCCCGAAGUCUCCGUGCUGUCCUUCGAUGGGCAUCCUCAUGUUGAGCGGGUUGAGGAAGAUGCAGAGGUCAGGACGCAGUGA